GUGGUACAGUAAUUCAAUAUGGCAGCCCACAUGAGACGAUGUCUGCUAGCCACAACACAGAUCCAUCUGUCACAGGUUCGAUAUCGCAGACCUAACAUACAGAAACCUCGACCUUCUACAAGAGAGCGCCGUUUGUUUGAAGCCAUUACUCAACCAAUUCUGCUUCCUGAACUACAACAACAACAAUCUGUAAAGGAUAAGCAAACUCACCCAGGAAAGGAUGAACAGCCUGGGACUUACGAGAAGUUCCUCAUACGGCAAUGCAAGAAAAUGUUUGAAGACCACAAUAUGGUUAUAGUAUGCCAACCACUGCCGAUGUCUGAAAAUGACAAAAGAGAGAUCCGAAAUAGGUUUAGAGAAGCUGGCAUGGAUCUUCUUCACUACAGCAACAAGUUAAUGAGGCCAGCAGUGAUGGACACAAGACUGACCAAUCUCUUCCCUUUUCUCAUCUGUCACAAUCUCUUUAUCGUUGGUGAGGAUUCUCAACUUGCUGAUAUGGUCAAAAUUACAAGACGGGUUCCCCAACUCCACAUACUAGGUGGUGUUGUGGACAACUACAUAUUGAGCAAAGAGGCGUUAAUAAGAUACUCGAAACUGCCACCCCUAGAUGUCACCAGAGGACAGCUAGUCACACUGUUAAACAUGGGUGCUACCAAGACACAUUCGUUGCUAGGAAACCAUCAAGAAAAACUCUCAAGGAAUUUAGAACAGUACAUCAAGGAUCAUCAAGAAAAAGACAAUAAUUCAUAGAGUAUCAUGAUUUGUAGUGUUUGUGUAUUACCAUAAUAAAAGAAAGUCUUCAUGAUGGCGGUUUUCUGCAGGAAACUGUUACCAUGGUUACAAAGGGUUUGUCUCGUUGGCAAUUCUUGUGAGCGAUGGACAUGGAAAAGUCACAGAGAAAUAUGACCUGUUACAGAGUGCUUAUUUAUUUAUAAAUAAACUAAUAAAAGUAUGAAAUAAAUAAGAAUAAAAGUUUGAAGUGCUAAACCUGUUAAAGGUUCAUCAACAUUACAACUUUCGGCCUUAUAAAAUCUCAGUUUAAGGGUAUCCAUGUUUUUUUCUUUCACAUUGGCCUGUGGUUUGAAGGUUGUUAAAAUUAAGAAACACAAGCUAAUUUCAUCCAGCACUCAAACUGUCCACGACAUCUGUGAAGAAGUAGAAAAUGUUAGUGUCAGAAUUGGAUGCAAAAUGGUCUCAUAAGAAUUUUGUUACUCUUUCAUUCAACACGUAUUUACAAGUAUCAGCAGCUUUUGACACCAAGAAUAACACCAGUUGUGUGAUGUCACUGGUGAUAUCUACCUGAAGAGAGUUUCCAAAGCAAUUAAUUUUCGAGGCCAAGAUGUGGGAAGAGUUACAUGUCUUUUAAGGAAUAGCUGUAAAAUGUACUAUUAAAUUGUUGUCGAGUGCUUGGUUGUAAAUAAAUAUGACACGGAA